GGGCCUGUGGUGGGUGGUAAGGAUGCAGUAGUAAGGUACGUGCCAUCUUUGUCAUCACAGGACUUGCCAGCUGGCAAGGGAUCAGUUCCUUUAUUCAUUGAAUCAAAUAGCACCUACUAAGUGCCUAAUGCUGGAAAUAAAAUGUUCUAUUCGGUGAUGGGAAGACUUUAAAAAAAAACAACAAUCUGUCCUUUAUGAUAUAGUAGACCUUAUAUGCAGCAGAUCUCAUUUAAUCCUCCCAAAUAAUUUCAAGAGGCAGGAUUUGUUAUUUUCAUUUCACAGCGUGGAAACAGGUUCAGAAAAGUAAAUACACUUGGUGGUGGUCACACAGUUAGGAAAUGGUGGACCGAGGAUUAGAACCUCAACAGUCUGCCUCAAAAAUGCAGAUGCCGGCCACGCCUGUGGCUCAACAGAGUAGGGCGCUAGCCCCAUAUACCAGAGGUGGCGGGUUCAAAUCCAGCCCUGGCCAAGAAAAAAAAAAAAAAAAGAAUGCAGAUGCCCAGAAGCCCUGAAACGCUAAUAGAGGGUUGUGGAAGAGGAGAGAGGAGAUGAGGUCUGUGCACUUGCUCACUGUGGGAAGCCUCUGUACAGCUCCACCCCACAUUAGACCCACUUGCUUGCUCUCCUCUCCCAGACUCUCCCUUUGUCCCUUGGUGUUUUGUGCCUGCAGCAGUGGCUGUUGUAUAACAGUGCUGGGGUGGGGGUGGAGAGGUAGUCAGAGCUGACCUGGUCAUUGGGACAGUGAUGUCUGCCUGUAUGUGUUUUUUCUCUGGUCACAGCUUUCAGCACGAAGUGGACCUUGGUCCCUGAAGUUGACUGGAAAUGAAGGUUCCAGGUGAACCCUCACCUCUGUCCUCAUCUCUUCCUGGAUGUUGACAGAUUGUGUUUCCCCUGGCUUUUCUUGGACUCUGCUUCCUCAUCCCUCACUCUUACACCCCCCAUGGCUCUCUUGCUCCUCAAACUUAAGGGAAAUGGGUCCUUGUGCCUCUCCUUGCUGAGGCUCUGACUUCUCAGGGUCCUGGGUGCCCAUGUCACUGGGUGGAGGUGGGGCACCCUUGCCUAGGAUGGCAGCCAGGGCCUGGGGAAGGGCAGAUAAGGUGCUAAAUGCUUUCAUUGCUUCAAAGGCUGCCGGCUGAGACUAAUGACUCCCAGUACUCAACUGCUGGGGACAAAGUUCAGAGUUGAUGGGAGCAGGGGUGGUGAUGAACUGCUCCUGCCUGAAUCCCUGCAGACCUCUGGGUGAGCAGUGAUAGCUGGGGAAGCCUGAGCUUGUUUAGUGCUUGAACCCUAAGCUUCUUCUUUCCCUUCUUGUCAGGGUUGGCAGCCCAGGAAUGGGGAGGGAGAGAGAGAGAGGUGGUGGGUAACAUAACAGACAUCAUUUUCCAGCCUCAGGGAUUUCUAUUCCUUUCCCCCAUCUAGCCUUUUCCCUAGACUGUGGGAUGCAAAGAGGCAUUCUUUUUUUUUUUGUUAGAGACAGAGUCUCACUUUAUCGUCCUUGGUAGAGUGUCCUGGCAUCACACAGCUCACAGCAACCUCCAACUCCUGGGCUUAAGCGACUCUCUUGCCUCAGCCUCAGGGGCCAGGUUUGAACCGGCCACCCUCGGAAUAUGGGGCUGGCACCCUACUCACUGAGCCACAGGUGCUGCCCGCAAAGAGGCAUUCUUAUUUCAUAAAUCUUGGCUCUUCCUCAUGCUAUUUCUGUGACCUAAGACAAUUAAUUUAUUCUUGCUGAACCCCAGUUUGAUUGAUCAUCUGUAAUAUGGGGAGGGGUGUGAUAAUAAUUAGUACCCAUUUCAGAAGGUUAGAUGAUUAAAUGAGAUCCUAUGUGUAAAACACUUAGUAAAGUCUUAGUAUUUGCUGAGAUGAUGAUAGUCAUAAGCAAAGGAGAUGAUAAUAGAGUUUGCAGAACCUUAGGCUCUUUCUUAAUUCUGUGGACCUAGUGGUUGUUCCCAGGUGGUGUAGACCCUUGGAGCACAAUUGCCUGGGGGUUUCUCUAGGUCCCACCUCCCGAAUCAAAUUUCCUAUGGGUAGGGCCAGAUAAUCCUCAUUUUGAAGGAAUUCUCCAAAUGCCUUGAGGGCCUAAACCCUCUUCAACUCUUGCCCCCACUCUGAGUAACCUUUCUUCUAACCUCAUUUUCCUCAUGGUCCUCUUCCCAGGAACACCUCCCCUCACCAUCCCAUACCUGGAAUUACUCUGUGGGUCUCCUCUUUCCAUUUCUGAAGUUAGAUACUACAGUCUUUUCCCUAACUCACGCUGGCUGAAGGUAGGGCAUCUUCUAAGACUGAGAGACAGAAUGUGUCUCUGUGUGUGUGUGUGUGUGUGUGUGUGUGUAUGUGUGGUAGGAUAGUCUCAACAAGCAUUUGGAACUUGUGCUGCCCAGGAAGUCUGAAAGGUUAGAGCCUCAGGAUGUGUCCCUGCCUAUGGGAAGGAAGCCCCUAAGUAGGAGGUUGAUCUGUAGCUCUUGGAGCAGCCAUACAGAGGUCACCCUGACUCUGCCAGUCCAUGGACCUCUGAAUUUGUAGCCAAAAUUUGUGAGCAAUCAUUUUUUUUGGAAAAAUCUGUACCAUAGUUUCAUAAAAUUCUUAAAAGGAUGACCCCAAAAGGUGAAAUAUCCUUGAUAUGGAGAGAAAGGGGGAAGUGAUUGCCUUAUUUCUCCUUAGUCAGGCUUAGGGUGAUCUCAGUUGACUUCCCAUAUAACCCCUAAACUGCCAAGACUUAUGCAGAGAAUUGGGAUCAUUGCAACAAUGAUCCCAUGUUGUUUGUGCGGACAAGGUGGUGGCAGAAAAGGGAAUGAAGUUGGUGACAGUCCUCCGGGGAUGUGUUUAGGUUGGGAUUUGAAGCAGUAAGAUGAGCCCUGUGCCGGGUCCAUGAAGGUAGAGGGCAGGUGGCUGGAGGGUGGAUCUAGAUGGAACAUCAGAGAGAUUAAGAUUGCAGCUGGGAGCAAACAUGCAUACUAAUCAGAUAACUGCCUGGCACACAUUAGUGCCUAGGAGUGACCAGGGAGGGGGCUGUGCUCAGGGAAGGCUACAUAGAGGAGGUGAAGUGUUUGGCUUGUGUGAGGAAUGCGUGCAUUCAGUGGGCAUUUGCUGAGAGUCUACUAAGCACCUGAAACAGAGAAAGUGUAAAUUUUGCCCUAGCAAGUUUUGAGUGGAAUAGGGAAAUGGCAAGUAAGUGAGUCAACAAGCAAUGAUCACACGGCAAGUCCCAGGAUGGGCUAAGCACAGGGAGCUAAAGCAGUGUCUGUGAAGACCUACUUUUUGAGUACCUUCUGUGUGCCACGUCCUAGGCUUGACCCCGAGGACAUAGGAAUGAACAAAGUAGAAGCUCUCCUAUUCUGUUCACAGUUUUGUAAGAAAGACAGACAACAAAUUUUCCAAAGAGGUUCAUAACUACAAUUGUGCUAAAGUGUCAUGAGAGAUCAUUCAUUUGUUAAAUACUCAUAUUAUACUAGGCAUUUAGCCUAUAUUAUCUCAAACCUCCUAGAAAAUAGGUAGUAUUAUUCCCAUUGUACAGAUGAAAGAACUGAAGCUUUAAAUCAUUUGCUCUAAGUCACGUAGCCAGGAAGUACCAACUAGGGUUUGCCUUAGACUGUCUGAUUCCACAGCCCACACUCUUCUUCAUCCUGCUACCUUACAUUUGCCAAAUGGGUACAGAGCAAUGACCCCCCCAAAUUAACAAAUAAUCAUUAAAAUUAACCAAUAGUCCCCAUCAUGGCAGAUUGGGCCACUCUUGUUUAUUGCUGUGUCUCAAUGCCCAGGACAGAGCCUGGCAUGCAAGUGCCCAAUAAACAUUCGUUCAAUGUGUAAGUGAGCACCUGCAGUGUACCCAGCUUUGUGAAGGUGCAUGAGUGAGGGCCAGCGGAUGAGUGAAUGUUCAGAGAGCUGCCCCUUCCUUCGGGAUGCCUGUCAUCUGCUUGGAGAGACAGAGAACACAGAAAUAGCCCUCCUGAUUCUGGGGCCUGCCAGGAUGGGGCCCUUGAGGCCCAGCCCAGGUCCUGGGGGGCAGCAGUUGUUGCUGCCCCCCUUGCUUUUGGCACUGCUGCUCCUGCUGGCUCCAUCCCCAGGCCACGCCACACGGGUAGUGUACAAGGUGCCAGAGGAACAGCCACCCAACACCCUCAUUGGGAGCCUCGCGGCUGACUAUGGUUUUCCGGAUGUGGGCCACCUGUACAAACUAGAGGUAGGCGCCCCAUACCUUCGAGUGGAUGGCAAGACAGGUGACAUUUUCACCACUGAGACUUCUAUCGACCGUGAAGGCCUCCGUGAAUGCCAGAACCAGCUCCCUGGUGAGCCCUGCAUUCUGGAGUUUGAGGUGUCUAUCACAGACCUAGUGCAGAAUGGCAGUCCCCGGCUGCUAGAGGGCCAGAUAGAAGUACAGGACAUCAACGACAACACACCCAACUUCGCCUCACCAGUCAUCACUCUGACCAUCCCUGAGAACACCAACAUCGGCUCACUCUUCCCCAUCCCAUUGGCUUCAGACCGUGAUGCUGGCCCCAACGGUGUGGCAUCCUAUGAGCUGCAGGCUGGGCCUGAGGCCCAGGAGCUAUUUGGGCUGCAGGUGGCGGAGGACCAGGAGGAAAAGCAGCCACAGCUCAUUGUGAUGGGCAACCUGGACCGUGAGCGCUGGGAUUCCUAUGAUCUCACCAUCAAGGUACAGGAUGGUGGCAGCCCUCCACGUGCCAGCAGUGCCCUGCUGCGUGUCACCGUGCUCGACACCAAUGACAACGCCCCCAAGUUCGAGCGACCUUCCUAUGAGGCUGAACUCUCUGAGAAUAGCCCCAUAGGCCACUCAGUUAUCCAGGUGAAGGCCAAUGACUCAGAUCAAGGUGCCAAUGCAGAGAUCGACUACACGUUCCACCAGGCACCUGAAGUUGUGAGGCGUCUUCUGCGAUUGGACAGGAACACUGGACUUAUCACUGUCCAGGGCCCUGUGGACCGUGAGGACCUAAGCACCCUGCGCUUCUCAGUGCUUGCCAAGGACCGAGGUGCCAACCCCAAGAGUGCCCGUGCUCAGGUGGUUGUGACUGUGAAGGACAUGAAUGACAAUGCCCCCACCAUUGAGAUCCGAGGCAUAGGGCUGGUGACCCAUCAAGAUGGGAUGGCUAACAUCUCAGAGGAUGUGGCAGAGGAGACGGCUGUGGCCUUGGUGCAGGUAUCUGAUCGAGACGAGGGAGAGAAUGCAGCAGUCACCUGUGUGGUGGCAGGUGAUGUGCCCUUCCAGCUACGCCAGGCCAGUGAGACAGGCAGUGACAGCAAGAAGAAGUAUUUCCUACAGACCACCACCCCGCUUGACUACGAAAAGGUCAAAGACUACACCAUCGAGAUUGUGGCUGUGGAUUCUGGCAACCCCCCCCUCUCCAGCACCAACUCCCUCAAGGUGCAGGUGGUGGAUGUCAAUGACAACGCACCUGUCUUCACUCAGAGCAUCACUGAGGUGGCCUUCCCAGAAAACAACAAGCCUGGUGAAGUGGUUGCGGAGGUCACUGCCAGUGAUGCUGACUCUGGCUCUAAUGCUGAGCUGGUUUACUCUCUGGAGCCUGAGCCAGCUGCCAAGGGCCUCUUCACCAUCUCACCAGAGACUGGAGAGAUUCGGGUGAAGACAUCUCUGGAUCGAGAACAGCGGGACAGCUAUGAGUUGAAGGUGGUGGCAGCUGACCGGGGCAGCCCUAGCCUCCAGGGCACAGCCACGGUCCUUGUCAAUGUGCUGGACUGCAAUGACAAUGAUCCUAAAUUUAUGCUGAGUGGCUAUAACUUCUCAGUGAUGGAGAACAUGCCAGCACUGAGUCCAGUGGGCAUGGUGACUGUCAUUGAUGGAGACAAGGGGGAGAAUGCCCGGGUACAGCUCUCUGUGGAACAGGACAAUGGUGACUUUGUUAUCCAGAAUGGCACAGGCACCAUCCUCUCAAGUCUGAGCUUUGAUCGAGAGCAACAAAGCACUUACACCUUCCAGCUGAAGGCAGUAGAUGGUGGCAUCCCACCUCGCUCAGCUUACGUUGGUGUCACCAUCAAUGUACUGGAUGAGAAUGACAAUGCACCCUUUAUCACUGCCCCCUCCAAUACCUCCCACAGGCUGCUGACCCCCCAGACACGUCUUGGUGAGACAGUCAGCCAGGUGACAGCUGAGGACAUUGACUCUGGUGUCAAUGCUGAACUGACCUACAGCAUCGCUGGUGGCAACCCUUACGGACUCUUCCAGAUUGGGUCACAUUCAGGUGCCAUCACUCUGGAGAAGGAGAUUGAGCGGCGCCACCAUGGGUUACAUCGCCUAGUGGUGAAGGUCAGUGACCGUGGCAAACCCCCACGCUAUGGCACAGCCUUGGUCCACCUUUAUGUUAAUGAAACCCUGGCCAACCGCACACUGCUGGAGACGCUACUGGGCCACAGCCUGGACACACCACUGGAUAUUGACAUUGCUGGGGACCCGGAAUAUGAGCGCUCUAAGCAGCGUGGCAACAUCCUAUUUGGUGUAGUGGCUGGUGUGGUGGCCGUGGCCUUGCUCAUUGCCCUGGCAGUGCUCGUGCGCUACUGCCGGCAGCGAGAAGCCAAGAGUGGCUACCAGGCUGGUAAGAAGGAAACUAAGGACCUGUACGCCCCCAAGCCCAGCGGCAAAACCUCCAAGGGAAACAAAAGCAAGGGCAAGAAGAGCAAGUCCCCGAAACCUGUGAAGCCAGUGGAGGAUGAGGAUGAGGCCGGGCUGCAGAAGUCCCUCAAGUUCAACUUGAUGAGUGAUGCCCCUGGAGACAGUCCCCGAAUCCACUUGCCCCUCAACUACCCACCAGGCAGCCCCGACCUGGGCCGUCACUACCGCUCUAACUCCCCACUGCCUUCCAUCCAGCUGCAGCCCCAGUCACCCUCGGCCUCCAAGAAGCACCAGGUGGUACAGGACCUGCCACCUGCAAACACAUUCGUGGGCACCGGGGACACCACGUCCACGGGCUCCGAGCAGUACUCUGACUACAGCUACCGCACCAACCCCCCCAAAUAUCCCAGCAAGCAGUUACCUCACCGCCGUGUCACCUUCUCGGCCACCAGCCAGGCCCAGGAGCUGCAGGACCCAUCCCAGCACAGUUACUAUGACAGUGGCCUGGAGGAGUCUGAGACACCAUCCAGCAAGUCAUCCUCGGGGCCUCGACUGGGUCCCCUGGCCCUGCCUGAGGAUCACUAUGAGCGCACUACUCCCGAUGGCAGCAUAGGAGAAAUGGAGCAUCCCGAGAACGACCUUCGCCCUUUGCCUGAUGUCGCCAUGACGGGCACAUGUACCCGGGAGUGCAGUGAGUUUGGCCACUCCGACACGUGCUGGAUGCCUGGCCAGUCGUCUCCGAGCCGCCGGACCAAGAACAGCGCCCUCAAACUCUCCACCUUCGUGCCUUACCAGGACCGAGGAGGGCAGGAGCCUGCGGGCGCCGGCAGCCCCAGCCCCCCGGAAGACCGGAACACCAAAACGGCCCCCGUGCGCCUCCUGCCCUCCUACAGUGCCUUCUCCCACAGUAGCCAUGAUUCCUGCAAGGACUCGGCCACCUUGGAGGAAAUCCCCCUGACCCAGACCUCGGACUUCCCACCUGCAGCCACACCGGCAUCUGCCCAGACGGCCAAGCGUGAGAUCUACCUGUGAGCCCCCUCCUGGCUGGCAGCCAUCCCCAUACCCCAGCUGCCGGCCAGCUCCCCCAUGGAUCCAUUCCAGGGCCCCUACUCUCGACCCCUCCAGCGUGGACUUCCUGGCCAGGGCCCCCAGUGGAGAGGAGUACUGGCCUCAUGACCACGCUGGCCCUUCCUUCAUGCAGGGUCCAGGUCCUCUCCCCUCAUUUCCAUCCCCUAGUCCCCAGGAGCUCCUUCUUCCCCUUUAUGGGGCUCCCCCAACAGAUGCCCAGGAGGGCUCCUCUACAGUGACUGGGCUCCCUUCCCUUGACUUCCAGGGAACACCCUAUCAAUUUGGGCAGAUGGUGGAGUCAAGGGUGGGCAGCACAUUUUUAACCCAUUGUUUCCCGCAUGGCCGACCAGGGCGGGGAUAGCAUGCCCAAUUUUAGCCCUGAAGCAGGGCUAAACUGGGAAGCCUCUCUCCCUGGGAACUCCCAGAGGAAACUCUUGACCAUCAGAGGCUUCCUGAAGGGCUUUUGUUACCAAAGGUGGGGUGGGGAUGGGGGUGGGAGUCGAGUGGAGGCCUCGCCUUCCCAUAUUGCUCCUGGGCUGGCCCACCUGCCUGCUACGUGCCCAUGCCUGGUCCCAUCUGGGCCCCCCCCUUCUCUGCUGGUCAUGCAGUGUUUGUAUAUAAGGACCUUGGAAUGACGUCCCCAUUUCUGCCUGAUUUGCAACUUUUCUCGUUGAUGUUGUGUUGUCUUGGGGGACCCCUCUUCGGGGGACCUGCCCUGUGCCCCUCCUCCCUGCCGCAGUGCCCCCACCCCAGGCCUCUAUUGUUCCAUGUUGUAAAUACCCCUGGGGCCGUGGUGGGAUGGGGGUACAGGCCAGGGAAACAGUGGGUGGGUGGGGGUUUUGGGAUGGGGGUAACAUUCGCCUAUCAGCAGAGCUGGGCUUUUAUUUAAUUUUUUUUAAAAAUACAAAUCUCUAUUUUUUUGGAACUGUUGCGCUGUGCCCUGGGGGGAGUCCCCCGCUCAGGCUGGCUUCCCACACCCAGAUGAGCAUCACAGAGGGGCCCCGAGGUUGUGGGGGGCAGCUGGACAGGGGUGGGAUGACUGUGCCUCUGGCCUGGUUGGGUGAGUUGGGAGCAGGAAGGUUUGCUCAGGGGCUGGCUGGUUGCUAUCCCCCAAUAUGGGGGGCCUGCGCCCUGCCCCCACCUUGCCCCCCAACCCCCAGCCCCUGCCAUGACUGACCCGUCAGCCUGUAAAACCACCAUUGCCUUGAUCUCAGGGGGUGGGAAGGGCUGCCUCAGGGCACCCCGGGCUCCAGGCCCCCUUCUUCCAGUUGGGCUUCCCUUUGCCAGGGUCAGGGGUCCCAUAGGGGAGGGGCUGGGGAGAUUAGGGGGCAGAGAAGCCCAGUCAGCCAUGAUGAGGUGGAGUUCUUUUCUUCACCUCAGGGGGCCAAGGUGUGAGGGGCGUCCUGUAGAGCCCCCAUUUCCCACUCUGGCCAUCUCAAAGCCUCAGCCCCUCUUCCUUCCAGAAACCCCCACUGCCUUGGCCCGUACCUCUCCAGCUCCCCAGGGGCUCAGGCUGGGCAGCUGGAGACUCAGGGUAUGGCCCUUGCUUGACUUAGUCCAAGCUUGAGGGGGUGGCCCACGUGUGGGAGGGGCGGGUAGAGGCUGCUGGGUUGUCUGGUGCCUUUGGGAGCUGUGCCACUGGGGUCUUGUCUCCUGUAACCCCAGAGAUUCAACCCCCACCCCAGAAAAGCCAGGGGGCUGAAGAAUCACCCUAUUCUCUGCCCCUUACCCCUACUAUGUCUUGGGGUAACAGUGCUGGGAAGGAGAGCAUUGUUUGUCUGGUGACCCUCACAUAGCCCUUCUGUGGAGGGCAGGGGGUAAAGUGGGCUGGGUGGCAACAGCCAGGUCUAGGGUUUGGCCAAAGGCUCCUUUCCCUGGGGGAGGCCCAGGAAGUGGGCUAGGGGCUUGUUAAAGAGACAGCCCCUUCCCCUGCAAAAAUGGGGCAGGUGCAAUAGUGGUGGAGUUGGUAGCAUUGGGUGCCCAGCUGGAGGAGCAAUGCCCUCAAGGACUGACCUGAGUCCUGGAUCUUAGAGGUCAGGAUUCAGGUAAGAAGAUUGUAUGAGGCUCGUUUGCUUGGUGGAGAAGGUGGUCCAGACAGGUGGCAUUCCUGGGGUCAACAGAUUCCCGCCAAAAGCCCCUGGUGGCCUGGGUAGCCUGCCCUGGUCUUGGAAACCCCUGAGCACUGAGUGGAAGGGCAGAGGAGCAUUUUGCACAUUGGAGAAGCCAGAAGGAAGGGGGUGGCCCAGAUGGCUGGGAGGGCUGAGAAGCACAGAGCAGAAGCCCUUCCCGCAGGCAAAGACAGACCCCUCACCCCCUGGUUGGGGUCAGGGCACUGAGUCUGUCACCACCUGGGCACUGGAGAGGUGAAACCAAAGGUGGGCAGGGGAUGGUCACAGCACUGGGGACUAUCCCUGUUGGUCCUAGGUCUGUAAAGCCCCUCCCCAAUGCCUUGUGUCGCUGUACAGUUUUAUGUACCCACAGGCGACAUUUGGCCAGAGGAGACUCUCCCUCAUACCUAGCCUGACCCAGUCAGUGUCUUCCUAGAAGGGACCUCGUUGGUCCCCAUCCCCCUACUUCAGAGCAUGUCUCUUGGUAGGGGGAGGAUGUAUGGGGACAUAUUUCUCUCCUAGGGUCCCUGAAGCAUGUCUCACAUCCCUCGGGAAGGUCUCUGAGCAUUCCUCACCUCUGGGGGCUCUCUAGGCCCUAUCUCUCCCCUUGGGAGUCUCUGGGGGACAUGUAUUCCCUUUGGGGACCAUGGGAGCAAGUCUCUCCCCACCCCUCCCCAGACUCUCUGGGGAGCCUGUUUUCCUCCCAGGGUUCCUGGGAGUACCUAAGGCAAGUCAGUGGGCCAUCUCUUUUCCCAGGGAAGGGGUCUAUCUCUGAAGCAUGUCUGGGAAGGGAUGUUUCUGGCCCUCCUCCUAUCUCUCCUAUGGGGGUGUCUCUGCCCUGCAGCACUUUGGGAUGAAGCUGGGCGUCUCUGAGUUGUCUUUUCUUUAGGGGCUCUGGAUCACUCUCUCCGGAGGGUGGGACCUCUGGAGCCAUUUCUUCCCUGAGUAGGGGCUGUCUCCGGGUGUCGGGAGGGCUUGUGUUGGCGCCAUGAGAAAGUCUUUUAAGGGGCGUCUCCACGGGGACUUCUCUGGGAGGGUAGACUGUGUCUCGCCCGUGGGGUUCCGGAACCCCCUGGGCAGGUGUGUCUGCCCAUGGCUAGGGGGAGACUGUGUCUUCUCCGGUUAUCUGAGUGGGGAGGGGGGCCGUGUCUCUCUCGUGUGUAGGGGGGUGGGGCUCGGGGUGGGGGGUUGUGGGCGCGUCGGGUGCCCAUCCUGGGGUCGUGUUUCUCUUGGUUCGUGCCGCUUCCCACCGCCUCGCUCCUCCCGGGAAGGGCCCCCGCCCCGCCCCUACUCCACCCCAUCCCUGGCGCUGCGAGCACAAUCCCGUUGAUUUGUAAUGAUUUCUGUCUCUUUCUGUCUUUCUCUUUCUCUGACCUCCCUCCCACGCCGCGAGCAUGCGCAGGCACCACCCCUACCCCCUCCGGUUCGGUUCGUUUCCGGUUUGUUUGCUGAGCUGUCAAUGAAAGACCCGUGUAAUUAUUCCUGAGCUUUACAAUAAAAGUGUGAAAACCG